CAUGUAGUGGGCGGACACGCAGUGACGUCAUAUUCCGGCGACAGUUAAAUCAACAGGGCGCCGCUGUGCAGGGCGGGUUGAAGUGUGAGAUAUGGAGCAGCUCGGAGAAGUGGAAGUGAUUAUUCAGGGUGAAGAGGAGAGAAAUGCACCGCAUUGUCCACAUGGACCCGCGGUGUUGUUUCAGGUCACGUGCAGAGGAGAGAAGAGCGGAAAGAGAUUUUACGCCUGUUCUGCGUGUCGAGACAGAAAAGACUGCAGCUUCUUUCAGUGGGAGAAUGAAAAGGUAUCAGAGGAGCGACUGCACGCGAGAGAGGAGCAGAACCGGUUGAAGAGGCCCUCAUUCUCCCAUUCAGAAUACUGCCUGAGGUUCAGAGAGUUUGUUUCCCUGCCGCUGGAUCAGAGGAGGUUCUGUGUGGACUGUCAGCUGCUGCUCCUUCCUGCCGAACGGAGCGCUCACGCCUCGCACAAGGCGCUGUCUGAUGACAUCACAGUGGCGCGUCUGAGGAGGCCCAGCCUACUGCUGCGCGCUUUGGAGAAUAAGAAGAGCAAUGCGCAGUACCUCUUUGCUGACCGCAGCUGCCAUUUCCUUCUGGAUGUGUUCUCUGGAUUAGGAUACCGGAAGGUUCUUUGCAUAGGGACGCCACGAUUACACGAGCUGAUUAACAUCCGGAGCACGGAGGACAAGUCUAACACCAUGAGGAGUUUAUUACUGGAUAUUGAUUUCAGAUAUUCCCAGUUCUACACACGGGACGAGUUCUGUCAUUAUAACAUGUUUAAUCAUCACUUCUUUGACGGAAAGGAAGCGGUCGAGGUUUUCCGGGACUUCCUGUCGGAGGAAGAUGGGAAUAAAGUAGUGAUGGUAGCAGAUCCACCCUUCGGAGGUCUGGUGAAGCUUCUAGGCCAGACGUUCUCGAAGAUAUCACACACGUGGAGGAGUCUACACGGAACCGAGAGCGGCGUGUCCGAGAUGCCCAUGGUCUGGAUAUUCCCAUACUUCUUUGAACCGAGGAUCCUCGACUGCUUCCCUGCGUUCACCAUGUUGGAUUAUCAGGUGGAUUAUGAUAACCAUCCUCUGUACAAGCACGGGACGACGGGCCGUAAGCAAUCCCCGGUCCGCCUGUUCACUAACCUCUGUCCCAAAGACAUCGUCCUGCCAAAGGAGGAAGGCUACAGGUUUUGCAGCAUCUGUGAGAGAUGCGUCUCAGCGGAGAACCGACACUGCCCCGAAUGUAACGCUUGCACGUCCAAGAAUGGAAGACCAUGGAGGCAUUGUUCUGAAUGUGGAAAGUGUGUGAAGCCUUCAUGGCGUCACUGUUCCUCUUGCGCUCGUUGCGUACUUCCGGAUCAUCGCUGCGGACAAACCGGCUGCUACAACUGUGGAGAUCCUGGACACAAACACAAAGCCUGUCCUCUCAAACACAAGAGAAAUGUACCGAGUGCCACGGGAGCGUCCAAACACGACGGCGACAAGCACAUGGCUUGGAAGAAGAAAAGGAAGGGGAAGAACGCCCACAGGAAGAAGAAGAAAAAGGUCACAUGAGUACAGACGGAGCACGCAUCAUGAACUGGGCGGCCCGGCGGACAGUUUAGCAUCAUUCACUGGACGGAGAAAAUAAAUUAUAUACACUCUCACACUCUGGGUCAUUAGGAACUUGAUACUAAAGUGCGGUCAGUAGUUGUUGGGUAGUUGUCUCAGAGAUCGGAAAGGUCGUGAGGUCAAAUCCCAUGAUCCCAAAGCUCGCAAAAAACGCCCCCUCAACUCCAACUUGGAUUCGUCUUCCCAAUUACCAGUUCCUUCCAUGUUUACUGAUGGAGUGAUGCGUCAUCAACAUGGCCGCUCACACAGUUUAUAACAGUAUCGGCUUUAGACACAGUACUCGGUUAAUUCUAUAAUCAGUCCCUCGAGGGUUUUGUGAGCAAACUCCACAAUACUCCGAGGAGCAUGCGAUUUUGUUUAUUUAAAAGUUACCACAGAUUGGCGCGAGACGCGUCAUGUGACAUCCCGAUGCGCGUUCAAGCCCAACCCCUUACCGAUUCACGCGUGUUGAACAUGAGAACAGCUAAAACGUCUCAUUUACCAACAAACAUCUCCGCGAAAGAGCUCAUAAGACACAUAAGAGCUCACAUAAGACACACUUUCACGGAGGCGUCCGUGUUUUUUUUUUUUUCCUUUUCCCUCUCCACUUCGCAUGUCAUACCUACCAAGCUUUGAAAUAAUGUUAUUCCAGGCUACAAUAAGUUUAAGAACCAUUGAUCGAUAUACAGAAAGCACUGUACGGUAUAGGGAGCAGUAGUGAGGACGGAAUUCAGACAACGCUGUGAUUAGAACGUGCUCCGGAAACACCGUCGUCGUCGUUCGAGAACGUUUCUCGAUUUACAGCGCGUCGUGGAUUAAAGUAAAAACGAUCCGGGGAAUAUCAUUUGGGAGUCGGCACUGGGAGUUCGGACGACACGAUACAAAAUGGCUGCACACAUACAGCGCACUAAAUACAAAGAAAACGAACAAAACGAAACUAAACAAAACGUACUAUGUUGUCUAAGUAGGAGAUUUUACUUAUUAAAGACAGACCCUCGUGAAUUACGGUCAAUAAAAGUGUAUACGUCAGGUGAUUAAAUCACCCCGUGCUAUAAUGAGCUUUUGUUAAAAUAGCUGUUUUAGCUAAAUUCACAACAGAUCGACGGUAGUUCGGUUAUUUAAUGGAUGAGAAGUACGUUUUCAGAGUUAGGGUGCGUCUCAAUCAGUUCUCUAGGUGGCGAAUCAGUAUAUAGUGUACAUAAGUUGUGGCACUGGGACAGUUUUUCCAGCGACAUGACUACGUACUCGCGUUGUAAAACGUCACCGCUGGCAUCCAUCAACGACAGACUGAUCUCUUUUCUGACAUGUCGUCAUAUGAUUAUUUUUUAGCUUAAUGAUACAUGUAUCCGUCGCUGUACUUUAAUCAGGAUCGUAGGAUUUUUUUUUUUUUUAAAAAAUCAUUAAAAACAUUUAAGCUACUUAAUCUUGCAGACGAAGUUGGCGGAGAGCUCGUCCGCCGUUUUAUUCGGAAAACACGGCGUCACUUCGCGUAAGGGAACAUGGUGAGCAUCGAUGCUCCCUGGUUUAUGCGGUGCAUUGUGGGAUUUUUUUUUAAUGGCGCGAAAGUUCCAGUAGGAUUUUGCGAUUGAGACGGAGCUUAAAAUGGCCGACGCCCUGAUCACCGAACCGGGGAUCUGAUCGAGACGCGCCCUCUGUGUCGGAUCCAUUCGGGCUUUUACAGAACGACUCUCGCGCUAUAUUUGUCCCGGAGCAUCCACAAAGAAAAUACUUUCCGACCCGUUUUACACAGGGAAUGUCAUUUAUACAACUGGAUUAAAUGAAAAUACACGUCAGAACAGGAUUAAAAUGAAACUCUGGACAAUAAGAAGUUAAAUAAGUAGAAAUGAAUUCAUCUCGGGUACCAAACCCCGAGCAUCCAGUUCUUCACUAUAACCAGCAUCCACGUGUAUACAUUAAUACGUUUUGUAAAGUUAAUAAUAAAAAUUAGUUGUAAAGUGUCAA